CUAGGGUUUCUCUGAGUUCAGUGACACGGCUCAGCGAGUGCGAGAGCUUGGGCUAGAGAACCCUAAUCCGCCGCCAUGUCUCUGGUCGCGAACGAAGAUUUCCAGCACAUUUUGCGUGUUCUGAACACCAACGUUGAUGGGAAGCAGAAGAUCAUGUUCGCGUUGACAUCGAUCAAGGGUAUUGGUCGCCGAUUUGCGAAUAUUUGUUGCAAGAAGGCCGAUGUCGAUAUGAACAAGAGGGCUGGUGAGCUUUCUGCGGCGGAACUUGAGAAUAUCAUGACAGUUGUUGCUAAUCCUCGCCAGUUCAAGAUCCCGGAUUGGUUUCUGAACAGGAAGAAGGAUUACAAGGAUGGCAGGUACUCUCAGGUGGUUUCCAAUGCUCUGGACAUGAAGCUGAGGGAUGAUCUUGAGCGGUUGAAGAAGAUCAGGAAUCACCGUGGUCUGCGACACUACUGGGGUCUUCGUGUCCGGGGUCAGCACACCAAGACCACCGGCAGAAGGGGAAAGACCGUUGGUGUCUCAAAGAAACGUUGAGCUUCUUCCAUGCUUGUCUUCAUAAUUUGUUUUUGAACUUUAGUUAAGAGAGCAAUUCACCAUUCUAUCAUAGGAUUUGUCUUUUCGUGAAUGCUUUCUACGUUAUGUUUGAGUUUUUAGCAACUUGAGUUAGUGUCUCAUGAAUCCAUGUUUCCUUGCUGCAAUAUUGAUGUUUGGCAACCAUGUAAUCUUUUACUUUUGAAUCUUUGUUUUGAAUGUCUUUUCCCAUGUGUGUUAUGUGAGCUUCUUCCAUGGUUGUCUUCAUAAUUUGUUUUUGAAUCUUUGUUUAGAACAUGAGAAGAAUUAUGUUGGCUAUAACCAGAAUUAAAUUCUA